AUGCUCAACGUUAUGGAUUUCUCCUGCCCGGACCCUCUUUACUCUAAAUACGAGGAGAGCUGCGAGAUGAAAACAGGAGACCUGCAGGGUUUGGGGCAGCCUGAGCAGCAACUUCUGGCAGAAGCCGAUUUCCUGGGAGGUGAGCUGCUGGGCACCCCGAUGAGCAGCGGGGCGGUGGAUUACUCCCUCCUGGGCAGCCAGCCCUCCCCUUCGCUCAGCUACACCGGCAGCUUCUUCAUCAAGGCGGUACCGGAGCAUCCCCAGGACCAGGAAUCCCUCUUCAACCUGAUGUCGGGGAUCCUGGGCAUCUCCCCCUUCGCCUCCUCCGAGGGCCACCAAAGGCACCUGGAUGCUCUUUACCCAGAGGUGGCUCAGAGCCAGCUGGACCUUUACGCCGCCUGCCAGCCCGAAAUGAACGGAUCCGCCCAAACCCCCUUCCCGGAGCAGGGCUACGGCGGCUUCCCCACAGCGGAGGGUGCGCAACCCCUCCAGGCACAACCCACCUUAGGAAACACCUCGCAGUGCUUCUUCCAGCCCAAGCUCCUAGACAACAAGCAGGACAUCAAGCUGCCCUCUGGUUCCCCACCCCUGGACAAAUUUAAAGCUUCCUGCACCCAGUGGGAGCCCGUCACCCAGCAUCAGGCCUAUUUGCCCACCGGCUACCAUUCUCCUGAAGCCUUCCCGGCUGGGGAGAGCAGCCAGGGGCUGUUCCACCCGCUGGCCUCCAAGAUGGAAAGCGUCUUGUCCGUCAGCUGCCAGUCAGAGCUCGGCAGCCUGGCAGAGGACGCUGCCUGCUUCGGCGCCCAUCUGGGCUUCGGCUGCGAGCCAGAAAACUUCCCAGCCCGUGGGGACUUUGCCGACACCAAGAUCCACAACCUCCCUCCUCCGUUAAUGCCGGAAUUCGACGCCUCCUUGGCCCAGCCCGAAGUCCUGCCGGGUCUGCUGAGCUCUGCCGAGCUCCUCCAUCCUCACCCCUCGCCCUCUGUCCCCCCCACAGACUUUUUGGGCCACGCUACCUCUUCCUCCAUCCCUUCCCUGCUGCCCACCAACCCUCCUGCCUUGGCCGAGCCCAAGAAGAAGACCCGCCGGACCAAGUGCUCUUCUAAAUGCUUCUGCCCGAAACCCCACGAGAAGGCUUUCGCCUGCCCGGUGGAGAACUGCAUCCGGAGCUUCGCCCGCUCGGAUGAGCUCAACAGGCACCUCCGCAUCCAUACGGGCCACAAACCCUUCCAGUGCCGCAUCUGCCUGAGGAACUUCAGCCGCAGCGACCACCUCACCACCCACAUCCGCACCCACACCGGCGAGAAGCCCUUCUCCUGUGACACCUGCGGCCGCCGCUUCGCCAGGAGCGACGAGAAGAAGCGCCACAGCAAGGUCCACCUGAAGCAGAAAGCCCGGACGGAGGAGAAGCUCAAAGGUUUGGGUUUCUUCUCGGUGGGUCUCUCCUUCGGGACACUGUGAAGCCCCAACCCGAGCGCUGGGAGACAGC